AUGGCUACAGACAAGAUCACCUUCCUGACCAACUGGCACGCCACCCCGUACCACGCCCCCCUUUACCUUGCCCAGUCGCGUGGCUACUUCAAGGAUGAGGGACUCAAGGUUGCUCUCCUUGAGCCCAAUGACCCCUCCGAUGUCACCGAGAUCAUCGGCAGCGGCAAAGUCGACAUGGGUUUUAAGGCCAUGAUCCACACUCUGGCGGCCAAGGCACGCAACUUCCCCGUGACCUCCAUCGGCUCCCUCCUCGACGAGCCCUUCACCGGAGUCGUCUACCUCAAGUCCAGCGGUAUAACCGAAGACUUCCGCUCCCUGAAAGGCAAACGCAUCGGCUACGUCGGUGAAUUCGGAAAAAUUCAAAUCGACGAACUGACAAAGUACUACGGCAUGACAGCAGAUGACUACACUGCCGUUCGCUGCGGAAUGAACGUAACCAAAGCCAUUAUCCGCGGCGACAUCGACGCUGGAAUCGGUCUCGAGAACGUCCAAAUGGUCGAGCUAGCCGAAUGGCUUGCUGACCAGGGUCGUCCAAAGUCCGACGUCCAAAUGCUCCGUAUCGACCAGCUCGCUGAGCUAGGAUGCUGCUGCUUCUGUUCCAUUCUCUACAUUGCAAAUGAUAAAUUCAUUGCUGAGAAUCCUGAACGGAUUCAGAAGUUUAUGCGUGCUGUUAAGCGUGCGACGGAUGAUGUUCUUGCCAACCCUGAUCAGGCAUAUGAGGAGUAUAUUGAUGUUAAGCCUAUUAUGGGUACUGCGGUUAAUCGGAAGAUCUUUGAGCGGAGCUAUGCGUACUUCAGUCGUGAUUUGAAGAAUGUCCAGCGUGAUUGGGAGAAGGUUACGCGUUAUGGAAAGAGAUUGGGGAUUCUGAAUGAGAGCUUUGAGGCGAAUUAUACUAAUAAGUAUCUUUCUUGGACUUUGGAUGAGGAUUCGGCUGAUCCUACUGGGGAUCAGAAGCGGAUGGUGGCGCUUCAGGAGGAGAUUGCUGCUAAGGGAGGAUUUAAGCGGUUGGAGGUUUCUGCUUCUGCUUAG